AUGGUUACUUCCACUUCCACAGGAGCCGAGAGACGAAGCCCAGUUUGAGAUUCCCCUCGGCCGAAUCCAUCUACUCCGGCGAGCCGCCGACCACCAUGGCCGCCCCCGCCGGCGAGGCCUCCUCCAAGCUCCUCCGCUUCCUCUGCUUCGUCGGCGCCGGAGUGAUCUGCACCAAGGCCAUCAACACGUACCGCGACUACGAGCGCAAGCAGGAGGCCUCCGCCGCGGCCGCCGAAGCGGCGGCGGCGUUGGUAGCGGCCGACCCCGCUCCGGCGACCGCCGCGAAGCCCUGAGGAGGCCCCGUCUUCGCUGGUUAGGGAUUUUGGGGUGAUGCUGGACACUCCUAUAGGGGGAAGACGAUAGCUCUGCUGUUUGUAACGUGUCAUGAAUCUAUGAUAACAUAAUUCGUCGGGAAUAACAUUUUCUUUUGCCAUGUGAUUUGAUACCGCAAAUGCUUUGAGGUUGAUUUUGCCAACUCGACUGUGGUAUGAUAAUAUUAGCACUUCUCUUUCCUACGGAGUCAUGAAUUGUGUUCAUUGUUCCAUUGUUUUUUAGCUUUUAAUGGUACAAAAAAAAAUGCCAGUGCUGUUUUCUUCA